CCCCUCUUCACUUCUCGUUCUCGCCGACGUGACAACGCGAUGGCGGUGCUGCUUGAAACGACGCUUGGUGAUAUAGUUAUAGAUCUGUUCACCGACGAAAGGCCUAAAACCUCCCUGAACUUCCUGAAGUUAUGCAAAAUAAAAUACUACAACUACUGUCUAUUCCACAAUGUGCAGAGGGACUUCAUGGUGCAGACCGGAGACCCCACGGGGUCGGGUCGAGGUGGGGACUCCGUCUUCAGUAAGCUCUACGGGGACCAGGCGCGCUUCUUCGAUGUGGAGAAAGUCCCGCGUAUCAAACACAAGAAGAAGGGAAUGGUUUCCAUGGUGAACAACGGGAACAACCAACAUGGAUCUCAGUUCCUCAUCACGACGGCGGACGGCGUGGACUACCUGGACGGCGUGCACACGGUGUUCGGCGAGGUGAGCGAGGGCCUGGAGGUCCUGGCCAAGAUCAACGAGACCUUCGUGGACAAAGACUUCCUCCCCUUCCAAGACAUCAGGAUCAACCACACGGUGGUGCUGGAGGACCCCUUCGACGACCCCCCAGACCUCCCCGUCCCAGACCGCUCCCCCGAGCCCACCAAGGAGCAGCUGGAUAGCGGGCGCAUCGGGGCAGACGAGGCCAUCGAUGACAACGAGGGGCGGGCGGCCGAGGAGCUGGACGAGCUGCUGAAGGAGAAGGAGGCCAAGACACAGGCCAUCCUGCUAGAGAUGGUGGGGGACCUCCCAGACGCUGAGGUGAAGCCCCCUGAGAACGUUCUGUUUGUCUGUAAGCUGAACCCUGUGACCACCGACGAAGACCUGGACAUCAUCUUCUCCCGCUUUGGAGCCAUCCAGUGCUGUGAGAUCAUCAGAGACUGGAAGACGGGAGAGUCUCUCUGCUACGCCUUCAUCGAGUUUGAGAAGGAGGAGGACUGUGAGAAGGCGUUCUUCAAGAUGGACAACGUGCUGAUCGACGACCGCCGCAUCCACGUGGACUUCAGCCAAUCCGUCUCCAAGAUCAAGUGGAAGGGGAAAGGAGGGAAAUACAGCAAAGACGACUUCAAGGCCUAUGAGAAGGACGUGGACACCCGGUCCAAACUGGCUCUGAAGGACAAGGUCAAACCCAAACUGGACACCCGGUACCAGCUGCUACUAGACGACGAGGAAGAGGAAGAGGAAGAGGAGGGACCGGGCCUUCGUCCUCCAGAGAGGAAGCAGCCGAAGAAGCCAGAGAAGCAGAAAGAUGAUGAGAACGGCAGAGGGAGCAAAGUGUCCAAGGACAGCCACGGAGACAGCAAGACAGGUGGGCAGCGAGACAGGGACAGGGAGACGGGGAGACACAGGGACAGAGAGAGAGACACCGACCGACACAGAGAGAGAGACACCGACCGUCACAGAGAGAGAGACAGAGACGGGCACAGGGAGAGAGACAGGGAGAGUCACCACAAGCACAGGGAGAGGCCGCGGCCAGAAGGGGGCGACAGAGAGCAGGGCCGCCGCGAGAGGAGCCGCUCGCCCCGGAAGACGCGCGACAACGAGAGGAGUCGCAACAGAUGAGGCGGAGGAACGAUCUGGAGGAGGGAGAGUUGUUUGUGUAACAUUUGUGUAUGUCAGACCUGUUGUUGUGAUGUGUUCCAGCUGGUCUGUUUUAUGUAAUAAAAGGUGCAAACUCAAA